GAUACCGGUAGCGCAGCCGGACAGGUUUUGCCGACGGAACUCAGCCUGCUGCCGUAAUGGCUCCGCUGCUGCGGGUUUUUUGCGUUCACGGUUACCGACAGGACGAGAGGUCGUUCCGGGAGCGGACCGGCUCGCUGCGGAAACUGCUGAAGAAACGGGCCGAGCUGCUCUACGUGUCGGCGCCGCUCCGGGUGCCGUCGCUGACGGGAACGGGGCCGGGACAGCAGCAGGAGGAGCAGGCGCCCGCUGCCGGGACUCGAGCAGUAGAGACUGAGGGAGAUGGUCGUGGUUGGUGGUUCUCGAACCCAGAGGAGGAGAGUUUUGAUGCUUUGGACAAGGUGGAGUCCUGCAAAGGAUUGGAGGAAUCACUAGAGACCAUCGGCAAAGCCAUGACUGAAUUAGGCCCAUUCGAUGGUAUCAUGGGCUUUAGCCAAGGAGCGGCUCUAGUGUCUAUGAUUUGUGCCCUCGGGCAGCAGGGAGACCCCAGAUUCCAGUUUAAUUUUGCAAUCCUUGUCGCCGGCUUCAGGAGCAGGUGCAAGCUGCACGAUCAUUUCUACAAGGAAUCCAUUAUUCUUCCGACCUUGCAUGUGUUCGGUGAAACUGACCGGGUCAUCCCUGGCGAGCUGAGCCGGGAACUGUCCACGACCUUUGUGAAUCCCGUGGUUCUCACUCACACAGGAGGACAUUUUGUCCCAGCCUCUGCAGCUCAGAAGCAGGUUUAUUUUGAGUUUCUGGAAAAGUUUGAGAAGAAAUAGUUGAAGCCACAAAUGUUUGUACCAUUAAAAUAUUUUGACUGGC